CUCAAGGCGCGACCUGCGGGCCCCGGCGACCCGCACAAUCCGUUACCUUACGCACGUCGGUGCCAUACAGUCGGCCCAGAGUAGUAGGUCGACCCUGCCACGUCAAGGGUACCUUGGUGUCCUGCGUCUGGCGACCCGUGCCUCCUGCAUCCCUGUGGCAAUGUGGCCCCCGGAAGGGUCGUCCGUCCUCUCGCGUGUCCUGCCCAAUGAGGUCCGGCUGUAGCCAGCGAGAGAGAGCGCCACAUGCUCGCCCUGAUCGCCGCCUCGCUGGCGGCGCGCGCGGCGGGGGUGGCCGUCGCGGCAGCAGCCGGGCGGCGGGAGCAGCCAGCGCGCGACGAUCCCCCCCGCACCGCGGGCUCCUACCUGCGUCGGCUCGCGGAGCAGGAGGCGGGGCAGGUGGGGUGCUUGACGUCGUCGCUGAGCCAGCAGGUGACGAAGGAAGGAUUCGAGGUCGACCCGGAGAUCUGGGUGGAGAGCCCGGCUUCAGCUGCAGCGACGCGCGCCCGUGCCGGGGCACCGCUCCCUUCAAGGUCGGCGUCAACGUUUCCUGGCAGGUCGAGCUUGACAAGACAGACGAGAGGUACGUGGGCAAGGGGUGGCAGCACCUCAAGCGGUACUGGGUGCGCUCCGCCCGGGGCGAGAUGUCGCAGGUGGAAGGCUGGGAGGUGGCCCCCGCAGUGAGCGGCCACCCCGCGGGAGCGCAGGAGGCCGAGGAGGCCGCAGCCCUGCUGCAGCGGUUUUUGCGGGACGACCUAAAGGUGACGGCGGACGACGUGAUGGUGAUCGGACUGCUCGGGAACCAUUUCAACGAUGGGGAUCUCCCAGCCUUUGAGCGGUACGCAGAGCUGCUGAUGAGGGACGUGGUCACGGAAUUCCCAGGGCGCGUGGUGGUGCUGGGUACUUCCCCGCAGCACUUCCGGACCCAGACGGGCGCCUACAACGUCUCCCAGGGUGCGACCGGGUGCGCACCAAUUCCGUUGCCGAGCGACGCCAGUGGGGGCAACAACAAAAACAGGAACGCCAUUUGGGGCCACAGCGUGUGGCGGCACAUGAAGAGCAAGCGCGCACGUUUUGUGGACAUGUACGAGAUGCUCCUGCCGCUGUGGCGGUGCCAUCGUAACGAGCUGGACUGCACGCACUGGUCCGAUGCAGUAAUUUCAAUCCAGGUCGAGCUGGUCCUCGAGGCGCUGAAGAAGAUCGAGUGAACCUUGAGCCCUCUCAGCGCUUGUUGGCUCGGGGAACCAACGUUCCAGCAGGCAGUGGCUUCAUUGAGUCAGUGGCCAGUGGGCUUCGAAUCUGGAUCACAGGAACAAAAUCCGCCGCUUGGGCGAGAUGCGUGAGGGGGCUGAUUCCGCCUCUUCCGGCGCUUCUUCCGCAGUCGCACGCCAUUCCUGCCCCCCUCCUCCUCCUCCUCCUGCCCUCCUCCUCCUCGUCCUGUCCUCCUGCUCCUCCUCCUCCUCCUCCUCCUCCGCCUCCUCCUCGCGACUAGCGGUCUUUCCCGCGCGCAGGCGCGCCCAUUCCCGGUGGGUCUUCGCACGAAUCCGGGCUUGCCUUGUGCCGUUCGUGGGCACCGUCGUCCGCAGGGCAGCGUCGUC